CUGCGCUGUCAGUGUUUGGUUUAUUUGGAGCUGGUGCUGUGCUGAGAUCACAGGUUUCUGAUGGCUCAGCCCCACUGGACUCGCCGGAGGGUGCCAUGAACUGAGCAUCCAGCUCCUUUUCGUUUGGUUUCCCUUGGUUCUUCAUUGCUCCCCCUCUCUCCCUCCCCCCUCCCCCCCCCCCAAACAUUUUUCAUGAGAACAUUUUAAAAGGGGGCUCCUCUCGCACUCCCCCGGGUGACGCUGUGCUGCUGUGGUGAGGGAUCUCCUGAGAAGAUGGGGAGGAAAAAGAUCCAGAUCCAGCGGAUCACCGAUGAGCGGAACCGGCAGGUGACCUUCACCAAGCGCAAGUUCGGCUUGAUGAAGAAAGCCUAUGAGCUGAGCGUGCUGUGCGACUGCGAGAUCGCCCUGAUCAUUUUCAACCACUCCAACAAGCUGUUCCAGUAUGCCAGCACCGACAUGGACAAGGUGCUGCUCAAAUACACCGAGUACAACGAGCCCCACGAGAGCCGAACCAAUGCGGACAUCAUUGAGGCGCUGAACAAGAAGCACAGGGAAUGCGAAAGCCCGGAAGGGGAUGAAGUGUUUGCACUGACCCCGCAGACGGAGGAGAAAUAUAAAAAGAUUGAUGAGGAGUUUGAUAAAAUGAUGCAGAGUUACCGGCUCGCAUCUGCAGUGCCCACGCCAAACUUUGCCAUGCCAGUGACGGUUCCUGUGACCAACCAGAACACGCUGCAGUUCAGCAGCCCGGGCAGCUCGUUGGUGACCCAAUCCCUGGUAACCUCAUCUCUGACUGACCCCCGGCUCCUCUCACCACAGCAACCAGCACUGCAGAGGAACACCGUGUCCCCAGGGUUGCCGCAGCGGCCAGCCAGCGCAGGGGCGAUGCUUGGGGGUGACCUGAACAACACCAACGGAGCUUGCCCGAGUCCUGUGGGCAAUGGCUACGUGAGUGCUCGUGCCUCCCCUGGUCUCCUUCCCGUCUCCAACGGCAGCACUUUGGGCAAGAUCAUCCCAGCCAAGUCCCCUCCACCGCCACCCCACAGCACGCAGCUCGCCACCAACAGCCGCAAGCCGGACCUGCGCGUCAUCACCUCGCAGAGCGGCAAAGGGCUGAUGCACCACCUGACGGAGGAUCACCUGGCUCUGCAGAACACACAGCGGUUAGGUGUCUCCCAGGCGACUCACUCUCUAACCACGCCGGUUGUUUCUGUGGCCACCCCGAGCCUGCUGACACAGGGGCUGCCGUUCUCUGCCAUGCCGACUGCGUACAACACAGAUUAUCAGCUGACAAGUGCUGAGUUAUCUUCACUGCCAGCAUUCAGCUCACCUGGUGGGUUGUCCCUUGGCAACAUCUCUGCCUGGCAGCAGCAACAACAGCAACAGCAACAGCAGCAGCAGCAGCAGCAGCAGCAGCAGCAACAGCAGCAGCAGCAACAACAGCAACAGCAGCAGCAGCAACAGCAGCAGCAACAACAACAGCAGCAGCAGCACCUGGUUCCUGUAUCACUAGGAAAUUUAAUACAAGGAAGCCACUUGUCCCACACCACCACUUUGACUGUCAACACCAACCCCAACAUCAGCAUCAAGUCGGAGCCCGUUUCACCCAACCGGGAACGAAACACUGCCACCCCACUCAGCACCUUCCCCCACCAGCCCCGCCACGAGCCCACCGGCCGCUCGCCUGUCGACAGCCUCAGCAGCAACACCAGCUCCUACGAGGGCAGUGAGCGAGAUGAUCCCACUCGCACCGACUUCAGCUCCUCCCUGGGGCUGCUGCGCCCUGGCGGUGAGGCCGAGGGGGAGAGUCCUUCAGUGAAACGCAUGCGGUUGGAUACCUGGGUCACAUAACGGGUCCCCGUCAUCCCCAGGAGCGCCGCUGGCUCGCAGCGGGGAGGGCAGGGGGGGAAAGGGGAGGAUUCUGGGGACAAAAACGGGUUUUAGGGGUUGGGGUGGGGAGAUAAUCAUAAACUGCCUGAGAAAUAGCUUUAGGAUUUUGUAGGCAUUCAUUCUAGCACAAUGGGCGACGCACGCAGUUCGUACAGCUGGGAGCUGUGAGUUCCAGGUUGGGUGGCAAGGAAAUCAAAGGGAGAGGGAUUGGAGCUGGGGGCUGUGGGGCUGCGCUGGUGCAGCGAUGCGGGCGCUGAGCAUCCCUGAGGGCUGCCCCACAGCCUGGGCAGGAGGGGAUGGUUCAGUCCCAUGGGACAAGGCUGUGUGCUGCAGCAUUGCUUGGAGGUGUAGGGGGAACACGAGACAGGUUUAAGGCUUGAUCUUUGCUGUUUGGGUGAGAGGUGGUUGUGGACAUCAUCAUCUUUCCCUGCAGAGAAGGGGGCACCGCUGCUUCUGGCCACAAUCAUCCAAACCCUUCAGCCACCUCUGCUGAGGUCCCACUGAGCCCCGCAGGGUGCUUGGCUGAGGCAGGGCUGGUUUGGGAGUAACAGUCGUUUUACCAAAAAAAAAAAUGCUGCAAGUGUGUCUAAAAUGCAUUCCCUGUUCUGUAUGGGUCGAAGCUUUAAGUUAGAAGCUAGGAGUAAAUCGUUGCUAUUUAACGAUUGCCACUGAAAUAACGUCCUUAGGGAUUUUGCCUGAAGGCCUCUGGAGGAGUGAACUGAGCUGCGCAGGAUCUCUGCAGCAGCCUCAGCCACCUGGUUCAGUGGAAGGAAAAAGGGCACGAGGGAAGCAGGGGAAGUUCUGGAGCUGCUUUGUGGUGCCAUCUCUGCCCCUGUCCCUGCUCAGGACUGUGAGGACGGUCCUCUGGCCGCACAGUUCCUCUCCACUGAAGCUUGUGGUUGCAGAAUGACACAGAACCUGCCCCAGCACCUAACCUCAUCCUGCACAGGGAGUUCCCCAGGGGAUGAGGGCUGUGCGUCUGCCUCCUCCCAGAGAUCCCAGCAGAGUUAGGUUCCAGCCCAACCUGUUGCACUGGGGCGGAUUGUGAUGAAAAUGAAUGUGGGCAACUUAAGGCGAGCAGUCAGAGGAAGGCCUCCGAAAAUUCAGAUGGGAGUGAACGGUGAUGGCUGUGGAGAGGCAGCACGGAGCCAAUGCAGCCCCACAAUCCCUGCACGGAGCUGAAAGAGGUGUGCUGGCAGCGACCUCCUGCUGAAACCCUUUGAAAAGUCCCGUUUGCCACCACUUCCCCAAAGGCUGAUCUGGUUCCGAAUGCAAAAUGUUUUGGUGUUCCAUUCCUAUUGCGGCACACCGGGGAGGGCGGGGGAGGGGGGGGGGGAGGGACGGGACACCCACGUGGGCAGAUUCUGUGCCCCCCAAUCCUUCUCCCUCCUCCUCAAACCCUGCACGGUGUGCGCCGGGCUUCUUGUCCACACCGAGGUGACGUGGAUCUGUCCCCACGUCCCAGCUCCAUCCCUCUGUCCCAGCUCUGUCCCCGCGUCCAUCCAGGAAGCAGCCACACCGCCAGCACCCUGCGUGCAUCGGACCCACACGGCAGCUCUUUGCACGGCCUCGCUUUGGAAAUUAGGUGGGAUUGACGACGUCUCGUCGCUCUCAUUUUCUUUUCUUUUUCCUGACCGUCCUGCAAGAAAAAAUAACGCCGCAACCAAACGUAUUUCCGGCCCCGCAAAGGAGCGGGAAGGCAGCAGCGCGGCGCUUGGAGGGCGACGGAACAUUUCUGCUCAUUGACUUCACGCCCUGACUUCACAUCUCAGAGAGCCAGAAAAAAAAAAAAAGGAAAAAAAAAAAUACAAAAAAAACCAACCCAAACAAACCCAACAGACCGUAAAGCAUCACUGCUUUCAGCCACGUGGAGUUGGGCUGCUUGGUGUGUGCCAAGACGUGCCAAACCGGAGCAGCGCAGCGCCACGACGCCACAGCUCAGCACUGACGCCUUGGCUCGGCGCAUUGGGAUUUCUCUCCCAUCCCAUCAUGAGCUCGGGGUCGUCAUCAUUACUUCCCCAUAAGAGUCCAGGAAACUCCUCCUAAUUUUCAAAAGACAACGAGAAACGACAAUCUUAAGAAACCAACACCCUCCUUUGUGCUUCUAUGAAUCUGUUCGGAUCUUUGCGGUUUUUAUUUCUCGUGCUCAUCUGUACUGUUGACAGUUACAAAUUGUGUAUAAUUUUUUUUUUUUUAAAUUUGGAUUUUUUUUUUUUUGACGUUGUAUAGGGUUUAGUUUGAAUAUAUA